ACCCUUUGGGUUCUUCUUCCGCGCGUCCUCCGUUACUUUGCUCUCCUCCACCGCUCUUCUUCUCUCUCUUCCACCCGGCUUCUUUCUUUUAUCUCUUCACUUCUCUCUUUCUCUCUGUCGUAAACACUCCCGUCGCUCUUUGCAACCCCAGCACAGUCCUCUCCAGCAAUGCCACCGAUCGCAUCCUCCUCCACAUCCACCUCCACCUCCUCCUCCACAUCUAAACACUCGCCCUCAGCCAAAUCGGCCGCUCCUCUCAAACCCCGCCCCGACUCUGACUUUGAUCUCGACAAUAUCAUCGAGAGGCUGCUCAAGGUCCGCGGCAGUCGGCCGGGAUCACACGUCGAUCUGCACGAAACUGAAAUCAGAUUCCUCUGCCUCAAGGCUCGGGAGAUCUUCAUCUCUCAGCCGAUCCUCCUCGAGCUCGAGGCUCCUCUGAAGAUUUGUGGCGACAUUCACGGCCAGUACUUUGAUCUCCUACGGCUGUUUGAGUAUGGCGGUUUCCCUCCCGAGGCGAAUUACCUCUUCCUGGGAGACUACGUCGAUCGAGGCAAGCAAUCUCUUGAGACCAUCUGCUUGCUUCUGGCAUAUAAAAUCAAAUACCCCGAAAACUUCUUCAUCCUCCGUGGCAACCAUGAGUGUGCCUCCAUCAACCGCAUCUACGGCUUUUACGACGAGUGCAAGCGAAGAUACAAUAUCAAGCUGUGGAAAACAUUCACAGACUGCUUCAAUUGUUUACCGAUCGCGGCGAUCAUCGAUGAAAAGAUAUUUGCCAUGCACGGCGGUCUUUCGCCCGAUCUUACCAGCAUGGAACAGAUCCGCCGAGUCAUGCGGCCGACUGACCUUCCGGAAUCUGGACUGAUCUGCGAUCUGCUCUGGUCGGAUCCCGACUCUGAUAUUCUAGGCUGGGGCGAAAACGACCGGGGAAUAUCGGUAACCUUUGGUCGCGACGUCGUCACGAAUUUCCUGCGCGAGCACGAUCUCGGGCUGAUAUGUCGCGCGCACCAAGUAGUCGAGGACGGCUACGAAUUCUUCUCGAAGCGGCAGCUCGUCACCAUCUUUUCGGCGCCAAACUACUGCGGCGAGUUUGAUAACGCGGGCGCGAUGAUGAGCGUCGACGAGUCGCUGCUGUGCUCGUUCCAGAUCCUGAAGCCGGCGGAGAAGAAGGCGAGAUAUGGUAUCAAAAAAGGUAGCAUCCGAAACUAAUCAUCUUACAAUUUUCUUUUCAUUUUAUAUAUCUCUUGAGUUGGUGAUGGUUGGUCAUCAAAGCACGGUUUUGUUUCUUUGUUCAAAAAAAUGGGCGAUAACGGAUGGAUGAGCUCCAAUUCGGCGUAUUAAGGAAGGAGGAGUAGGUGUUGUCUUUAUCUUGUUCUCAGUUUAUAUUAUUGUCGCUUCUUGAUUUCUUCUCGUCAGAGCACAGAAGUUUUCGAUAUUUUUUAUUUUGUAAAUAGCAUUAUACUGUUUCUUUUUAUCCCCCCAAAAAUUAACGAAUGAGU